AUAGCAACAAAGUUGGCUCCCAUACAUACAACGUACACAUACAUACUACACCAGAAUUAAUGGGGGACUUGUUGUCCUCUGGUAUGAAUUGGAUUGCCCCCCUGUAUGCGAUCAGGCAUUCCAGCCAUGCGUCGCAAGAUGGCAGCGCGGGCACCGAUGACGACGCAAACUACGACGCCGAGUUUAAGGGGGCGAUAGUGUUCACGGUGGUGCUCAUGUCCAUCCUCGGCGGCACGCUCAGCGUGGUCGGCCUCGAGCGCCUGAUACGCGGCCGCUUCACCCUCUUCUCCAUCGUGCGCACCCUGCUGCGCUCCACCUUCAUCCUCUUCCUUCCCCUCCUGUCCUACAUGUUCUCACACUCGGAGGGGAACAAGGGGGAGCUCCUCUUUUUGCUCCUGUGGAUGCUCCUCAUCGAGCUCAUCCGCAAGAAGGUGCAGGCAAUGGUGCAGUCGGCCGGUGGCUCCUUCUCGAGGGCCUCUGGCAGGUUCCGGCUGAUGGACCACUCCGACGAGGCUACUCGCUUGGUGUGGAUCGGCUACCUCAUGUACUUAAACGUUCCACGGGACUCACUUUCGGGGGAUGUGAUGCCGGCAUUCUUCUACAUACUGUGGUCACUGGCCCUCGCGAAGCUGGGGCAGAGGGUGCUCAACAAAUGGAUGGCACAAGACUCACUAGCAGCAGCCGGAAAUACUCACCUCAUUGCAGGUUACAUGCAGCACAUCGUAGAGAAGCACGGUAUGUCACCAGCCGGCGACAUUGCCAAGUGCGAGUACGUGGUGAUGGGGGAGGAGAAGCUCAUGCUCCAUAAGAAGGAUAGUCGAAAGAAGGAUGGGCCAAGGAGUAUUUCGGUGCCCAAGGUACGCCUGACCACCCUACAUUGUGGGUAUGGUGUCGGGAGGUUCCCUCAUGGCCAAGAUGAGCAGAAGCACGUCCAUCUCCUCAUAGACCUCAGUAAGGUCAAGGACUUGGUAACAGUGGAGAGAAUAUGGGAGAAAAUACCACGUUUGAACAUUUGCUGCUUCAGCACCAACAGGUGGCGCUUCAUGUGCUUCUCCUUCUCUUUAUUCAAGCUGAUGCGGCGCCGGUUCGAGCACUAUCCCAUGGUGGAGGUUGGGUCGGACAUGGCACGAAGGUUAAUGCUCCAUGGCCUGCUUUCCCUCGAAUGCGAGAGCAACGCAGAAGAUAAUGCCCAUGCAGUGUUUCAAGUGCUUCAGAUAGAGCUCGACUUCCUCGACAACUACUACGAGGCGGGCGUCCCAGUAGUGAUGUCUGCCCCUUGGCUUUUCAUAUUCAACUUCAUCUUCUCUAUCCUCUUCGUUUUGACAUACGUCUUUGCUAUUUUGAUCAUCGUGAGAAGUUACAAGAUUGACAAAACCCUACUGCUUUACUUCGUCGUCGCAGUGCUGCUAGUGAUGACCAUUCUUGCCAUCGAAAUCACAGAGUUCCUCACCAUAUACCUGCUCUCCAACUGGUUCCUAGUGCAUCUACUAUGCUUGUACGUAGCCCCGGGGAACUGCCUUUGGAGCUGGUUGGGCAAGCCAAUCGUUGGUUGCUUCAUUGCAACACGCUUCUUGGUGGUAUCUGGACUUGAGAUCAUCUUUAGACUUUUCUGCAGACCUAUUAAUCCCAACAAGAUGAAGAUCAAGCAGGUGUCCAUACGCCAAGUUUGUGAGCCAGUCCACAAGAUGUUAGCAUGGACUUCUCAGGUCACACUGCCAACUAAAGCCAAGGUAGACAUCGUUCAGUCCCUCAAGGCUAUCGACCCUCUAGGCACAUGCCAUGUUUUCCUGCCACAGAUGUAUGGCCUUGAAGGCGAUGGAAAAACAGCCACAGAGAUCCUCUUGCAGUGUCACCUAGCCACGGAGCUCCUGGACAUGAAUGGCAGGCGAGCAAAGGAUGACAAGCAACUGAAAGACAACGACAACCAUCAGGUGGUGGCGGUGACACUCUCGAGGUACUGCAUGUACCUUGUGGCACGCACGCCAGAGCUUUUGCCAGACGAUGAGAUCUGGGUAUCGGACUGCUACGACGACAUGAAGAGUUGCCUGAAGAAAGCCUCAAGCUGGUGCUUCUGCAGCUCGGCCUGGCAGGGGUUGCUUGACAAGGACGAGCAGGCAGCGGAGUGUCUCGAAGACCCUACGGCGCGCGAUGGCUUGAAGCUCUUCCAGCGGCAUCGGGAGCGCACCGACAAGGACAAGGUGUGGGAGGAAUUGGCCCAAUUCUGGGUCAAUCUUCUCAUCUACAUGUCCCCAUCCAACGAUGUGGAGGGCCAUGCCAAGGCGCUUUCAUCCUCGGGUGGCGACCUCAUCACUUGCCUCUGGGCAUUUUGCACUCAUGCAGGUAUUAGUCGACCUCGACGCCCUAGCACGAAUGCCGAUCAGCAGGUGUGAUUAAUAACUACAGAUUGGUUUGUGCUAUCUGCUACUGUUUGGUUGUGAUCCAUAACUACUGCUUGGUUGAGCUAUAUAUUCAAGCUAAGUGCUCCAACUUAUAUGGUGUAUGUAUGUAUAUGUGUAUGUGAUUUUCUUGAUUUGUGUCAAUGGGCGGUCCAUAACAAAUGUAUUAUGUAUAACUGUACCUUUUCUGUAACUGCAAU